AGAAAAAAGCAAAUAGAGCAAGGAAAAAUUCUCAGAUAGAGUAUUACAUAUUUAAUAUAUUUAAAUAUAUAAUAGGAAAAGAAAAAAAGAUAGAGAGAAAAGGUAAAGAUAGAAAAAAAGAAAUUAAAGAAUGGAUAAUACAACAGCUUUGUUACCUGGUUCUUUUCCUCCAACAACAUCGGAUAUUAAUGAUUUUGAUCCGAGACAAAAUACAGUUGGCACUGUUAUUCUACACGGGGUGCCUAUUGUAAGUUUGUUUAUUGAUGGAAAAGAACGUCUAUGCUUGGCUCAGAUAUCAAAUUCCUUGUUAAAAAAUUAUUCAUAUAACGAAAUUCAUAAUCGAAGAGUUGCCCUUGGUAUAACUUGUGUCCAAUGCACGCCAGUACAAUUAGAAAUAUUAAGGAGGGCUGGAGCUAUGCCAAUAUCAUCUCGCCGUUGUGGUAUGAUUACGAAGAGAGAAGCCGAACGCUUGGUAACGUCGUUUCUAGAAGAGAUAUCACCUCCUAAGUUGCCCGAUAAUUUUGCCUUUAACGUCUAUCACGAAUGUGGCUGGGGUUGUAAGGGUCAGUUUGUACCCUCACGUUAUAAUAGUUCCAGAGCGAAAUGUAUUCGUUGUUCUUUUUGCGAUCUCUUCUUUUCGCCUAACAAAUUUAUCUUCCAUUUUCAUCGUACUCCCAAUGCCAAAUAUCAACAUCCAGAUGCAGCUAAUUUCAAUUCUUGGAGAAGGCACUUACACCUAGAUUAUACCGAACCCCAUGAAGAGCUUGUUCACGCUUGGGAGGAUGUUAAAGCAAUGUUCAAUGGCGGCUCCCGAAAGAGGAUAAUAACACCUUCAAAAUCGCCUCCUAAACAGGAAGAGGAGAAUUAUAAGCGACCCAAGAUGAUGACGCCUAAUCCUUCUUUGCCAACGAGACUCCCUGUUUUGCCAUUCAACAAUCCGCCGUACGUCCCGAGAUCUCCUCAUCCGGCAUUUCCUUUCUUUCCUUUCUCACCUCCAGUGCCGGAUGUCCCCGUCCAGAAUAAGGCGAACGCUUUGGAAUUUUGGAAUAAAAAAGCUCCGCCCCCUUACAUUAACCCCUUAGGCUAUUUAUGGGCAAGAAAUCUCAGCUUCGGUCAAUCGGAGAGAUUUGAUUUUAGCAAAAUGGGGCAAACCGCAGAGAAAGAGGCCAAUCAAAAUUGUAAGGACGAGCGUUCAACGCCGUCAACGCCGAGGGACGAUGUGCCCUGGGAAGCUGAUAGUCCGGACGACAUAAACGUCACCGACGUCGACGCCUCGACGCCCCUGGACGCGAAAAUGGAGACAACUGAACAGGUAAUUUACUUAAUCAAUAAUAAAUCAAUCGAUAGUAAUCGCAAAUUAAUUUCUAAUUAUAUUUAUACGGCUAUUAGAUCAAAUUUGUUAAAAAAAAGAAAUUAAUCGACAUGUAGUAUACAGCCACCUGUUAAUAUAAUCUAGAGUGUAAACAUAUACAACUCCAUGCCCUCAGGCGUUUCUUUUUUCCUUAUUGCCAAUAAUUUGUUUUCCGGAAAGAUUCGAAUGAAUAUAUUAUUGUAUGUAUUUAAGCUUUAUUGGUAAAUUUUGAGGGCGGAAGAGAACUUAAUGCGAUAAACGUUUUGAUCAAACUCGAUUAAAACGAGCAAUCGAGGUUUGUCAUAGCCGAGUGAGCAUUGACAAUUCAUCGCAGCAUUUUGCAGUAUUUACGAUUCCAGUGUAUUCAAUCAACUAAUGAAAAUACAUGAAUGUAUUGAAAACAUGAAUGUUUGCCAGUGCCAAGACAAACAUCUGUCGUUGGCAGACAGAGUCACGAAGUGAUUAGCAAGAAAAGAACAAAAGUGACUCCUCUUUAGACGCUGUAUACAACAUGACCAGAGAACAGCUUCAAACAGAAUUAAUCAAGAUCUUACAAAAGAAAGAGGAUGUUUCUCAUUGAACUUUUAGUAAUUCUUCUAACAAGCAUACUUAAAGCAUAUACCGUAUAAAUAUAUAAAUACGAUAACAUGUACACAAUAUAUACAUUGAAAUAUAUAAAUGUAUAUACACACUAUAUAUAAUGUAUAUUUAGUAUGUAUUACAUAAAUUAAUGCAAUAUUCGGUAUAUAAAAUAUGCUAUAUCUUAUCAUCUUCAGUGUUUACAGUAUCCUGUCUAUUUUCUUGUUUUAAGUAUAUAUGUCACAAAAAAAACGACAAAAAAAAGAGACAUAAGAAUUUAUAUGUUAUGUGCUGUACUUGCAGUAGAAAGUUUUAUCGCAUCACUUAAUAACUAUUACUUUAUGCUGCCCUAUAGAUAAUGUUUGCAAUAUGCUAUUUUUAAAUAGCAUUAUACUUAUUAUUUAUUAUUAUGAAAUAGGUUUAGAUUUGUUGUAGUAAAGUAAAAAUUUUGUUUAGUUCAUUACUCUUUUAUUCGACAGAUUGAACGCAGUUUGUCAACGUGUCAUUAAACAGUUUGUAAGCGAGCAAAUUUUGAAUAAAGCAUGUAAAUUGAUGCUAGACAGGCGAAUAAGUACUCGACUUGAAAAAAUUCUAUCAUCCACAAUAAAUUUCUCAUGUAGACGUUGCGAGAUGGUAAAUUAUGCAAUGAUGACGUCAGUGGUGACGUCAUAUUUUACACCUGCGCAUGUUAAUUGUGCAGAAGCGUGUGUGCGGGUGUUGCAGUAUUUAUUAUCAUUUAACCCGAUCUGAAUUCAUCUUUCCUCCGCCCAUCUUCUAAUAAAUAGAAAAAAAAGGAGGACGUGUUAUGUAAAUUCAUUGGAUUCUUAUAGAAGGUGGGAGGUGAAGGUCGGCUUUUGAACGGAAAUAGAUUCUUGUACAAAGGGAGCAGCUGCGAGAAAAUGAGCGAUUAUGAGGAGGUGUUCAAUCAUGAGUUUCGAGUGUCUUUUUGUUUAGAAUAAUAGCCAAAGGCAUUACGGUUGCCCUUGUAAAAAAUCCGCACUGAUUAGAGCGUUUUUUAAUUGAGACGUUUUAUUGCAGAAGGAUUAAGGGACAUGAUAGCUGUAAAUUUUCGUCUAAUUUUAUUAAAUCGCUUUGAAGUAGCCAAAAUUGCACCUGCUUUAAAGAGAACGUGGGCGGUACACUUUUCAGCUUUUCUGCAUUUGGAAAUUCAAUGCUGAAAUAUCGCCUUUUUAAUUUCAAAGAAGCACAUGCGCAACUUCAAAAAGAUGCAAGGUCGAAAAGGGUGAAAAUGAAACAAUUGCUGAGCUAAAUUGAUAGAAUUUGACCGGAGAGCUAAUGAAAUUUUCAUAAAUCGAAAUUAGACGCUUUUCAAAUGAUUGAACAUUUGACGCGACGCAUCGCCCGACCGCGUUACCUGAACGUAUGUUCAUUCAAGCGUCCUAUUCAGUUUGAGGUCAUUUCGAGUCACGCCAUUUAUAAUUGGUAUGUUUUUUAUCACUAUCAUCGCUCAAUUAUGAUUUCACUUGUUGAUAAUAUCUGUACUUGAAUGAAGCUCAAUAAAAAGCUAUGGUGUGUACCAACAUAAAGAAUAAAUUAUAUUAUACAUGCGUAUUUACACUCCUUCAACCGUUAAGAAAUGCCAAGUCAUGUAAUAAUGUAUCUACAUCUAUAGUACGUUAUUAUUUAGAGAAUGA